AUGUACCAGAGCGCUGGCAUCGACUACGCCAAAGUCAUUUGGGCUGCAGAAUCAUUUUUUUCGUGGAGUCGAUGGGUGAAAUGGGAUGAGCGGGUCCAUGAUGAAGGGGCAGUGGAUAAAAUAUUCUCGCGCACAGGCCCACGCCAAGAGGCCAUGCCGCGCGCCAAACCGAACAUCCAUUACCACUCGAUGUCGGGCUCCUUCCUGAAACGCAACAACCGAACAUCCUAG